AUGGAAUCUACUCUCUAUUUUAACUUUGUAAAAUAUCUAACAACUUCGGAAUUACUCCCAAAUUUGACUUUAAAAGAACAACAACAAUUUAAAAAACAAGCAACACAUUAUAUUGUUGAAAACAACCAACUAUACAAGAAACCAAAAGGAUCUUUACAAAAAUUACUAUAUGUAGUUCAGGAAUCUGAACUGCUUACU